AUGGAUACCCAUCGAAGAAUAAGUAAUACUAAUCAAAAUACCGAAAACAAAUAUCCUUAUUUUCAUAAAAAUUAUGAAUAUAAUUUUUUUCCUAACAAAUAUGACUUUGAUGGAGAUUUGUUUUCACCAAAUGCAUCCUUCUUAUGUGAUUCAACGGAUUAUCACAACAAUAAAAGUAAUAAUAUGCAACAAAAGACGGCAGAAACAUUAAACAAUGAAAAAAAAUACAAUAAUAGCAUUUUAAAUAUAAAUAAAAUAACUUUUAAGGAAAAUACUAGCUUUGCAAUAAAUAAUAAAACAGAAAAAAAUAUUGUAAAUAUAAAUAAUUAUAAUGAUAAAUUUUCUAAAGUAAAUUUCAUGCACAAAUUAAAAAGAAAUGUUCACAAUCCUAAAAAUCGUGAACAUGACGUUAAUGUUUUGAAACAAAAUUUGAAUCCCGAUUAUUAUGGUGCAACAAAUGCACCUCAAAAUGAAAAUGAUACCGUUAAUUAUAGGAAUAAUAUUCCUAUAAAUUAUAAAAUAUUUAACAAACUCUAUAACACAACUGAUGAUGCAAUAUAUGGUGAUAAUAAUAAUCACCUAGGUAUGUCACAAAAUUUUCAAAUAGACAACAAAUAUAUUCAUACAACUAGAAUGCAUAAAAAUGACAAAAAUACUUUACUAAAAAAUCGAAUACUAUUUUAUGAUAAUUCUAAUUUUUAUUAUAAAAGUUAUAUUAAUAAAAUGUCAAAAAUAAAAGGAAAGUUUAAUUCCAAUCUUCCGGAAAACAUACAAAUGCAAUUAAAAAGAAAUGAUACAAAUAAAGGGAUAGAUAAUUUAAAUAACAAAUUCGAAUAUACUUUAAAUAUUAAAAAUAAACUCCCAUUAUCUUUUAAGUAUUCAAAUAGCUCAGAUAGUUUUAAAAAUUUUAUUCACAAUAUCAGUAAUAGUAAUGAUUAUAUAAGAAAUAGUUAUAGCCAAAAUGAAAAAGAAAAACACACACCUCAGUUAUCAUUCGAAAAAAAUCACACAUAUAAAGAAAAUUACGAAAUAAACCAUAAAAAUGAAUUAUCUUCUAAAAAAAAUAAAGAAACCAGUCAUUUUAAUAUUUCAAGCUAUAUAAACAAAUAUUUGUAUCCAAGACAAGAUUAUAAAGAAAAACAACAAAAUAUUGUAUUAAAUCGAAAAAAAAACAAUGUUUUAAACAAAACUCGAAAAAAAAACUUAAAGGACAAUUUAAUUUAUUUAUCAAUAAAUCCAAAAGAAGAAAAAAAUAUAUAUAAUAUUCACGAUUUAAAAAAAUUUAAUGGUAAUAUAAAGAAUAUUUCUACAAAAAAUAAUAAUUUGGGAUAUAAACAUUACAAAUUAAGAAAUUCAUAUGAUAUCAAACAAACUAGGAAUAUGGUUAUAAAAAAAGGUAAUUCUAAAAUAAAAUAUUAUAAUGAAGAUAUAGAUCAAAAAAAUACAAAAUUAAAAAUAUAUGAAAAUUUGGAAAUAUUUGAAAAUGAAUUUUUAAAUAAAAAUUCUCCAAAAGAGUGUGCAAAUACAACCUUAGUAGAUAAGUCAACUUUAUUUAUUCAAAAUAAUAAAAAGACAAAAUAUAACGAAUCUAACUAUGAACAUGCAAAAAAAACAGAUCAUCAAAAAGAUACACAAAAUAUAAAUCAAGAAAAUGAUAAAGUUCAAAUUACUCAUUUAGAAGCAUUUAAUGAGGCUAAUAACAUCAAAGAAAAUAAUGAAAUUAAAUCAGAUAAUCGAAAACAUGUCAUAAAUAUACCUAUAAAUUUUAAUCUAAAAAGAAAUUUUAAGGGCUACAAAAAUUAUAUUGAAACCAAACAAAAAAAAAAUAAAAGAAAUAAUAAUAAUUCUAAUGUAUUAUUAAAUAAAAAUAAUAGAAAAAGUCUACAUAUGGAUAAUUUGAAAAAAAAUAACCUCAUCAAUUUUAAUAAAUCUGAAAUAAAUGAUAAAAAGGAAUUUAAAAAUUCACCUUUAAUAAACAAAUUAUUUAAUGAACAAAAUCUACAUAUUGAAAACGUGUUUAAUUUCAAUGAUUCUUUUAAAUCAAAUGAUGUGAAAGAAAUACAUUAUUCCUAUAAUAUUAAUGAAAACAAUAAAGAAACUAUUGUAAACGAACAAAUUAAUACUAUUCACGAAAAUUUAAUGAACCAAGAACAAGUCUUACAUACAAAUGAUCUCAAUCAUGUAAACCAUAAUAAUAAUGGUGAUAAUAUUAAUACUAGUUUUGAAGUAAAUAAAAAUUUAUAUAGUAAUGCUUCGAAUUUAUCCUUACAUGACAAAAUAAUUUUCAAAAAUUAUUGCAACUUUUCAGAGGAUCAUCAACAGUUGGAAGAAUUAAAACCGAAAGACUCAAAUAAUAAAAUCGAAUCAAACAUCGAAAACACAAUGCAUAAACAAAUUAAUGAUACUUUCAAUGAAACAGAUUAUUAUAUCAAAAAUCAAAACAAUAACAAUUGUAAUGAUCAUGAAAUUCUUAAUAUAACACCAGAGUGCAAUUAUAAAGCUAAAGAAAAACAAAUAUCAAAUAUAAUUCAAACUGAUUUCCAAGAUAUUGAUGAGAAAAAUGACACAAAUUACUCACAUGAUAAUUCUUCCAAUAAAAUUAAUGAUGAAAUGAUAAAGGAAAAAAAAUGUAAUCACGAAAAUAAAACAGACCCAUAUUAUUUAUCAGAUAAUUGGGAAUAUUUUAAAAACGUAUUUUCAAGUAAUUUAUAUAAUAAAAAUGCUCAUGAUUUAUCAUCAAAUGAAGUAAAACCAAAUGAGAAAGACAGUGUGAUUGAAAAUUCACUCACAAAUCUUUUUUCUUUAGAUGAUGAUACAGCUAGUAAAAAAAAAAGCAUCACAGAAUACAAUGGAAAUGAUGAAAAUAGUGAAAAUAGUGAAAAUAAUAAAAAUAAUGAAAAUAGUGAAAAUAACGAAAAUAAUAAAAAUAAUGAAAAUAGUGAAAAUAAUAAAAAUAAUGAAAAUAGUGAAAAUAGUGAAAAUAGUGAAAAUAAUGCAAACAAUACAACUGACACUACAACAGUACUUAUUAAUAAACUUGAGGAUGAACUAAAUCCUGAAACCUCAUAUAAUGAUGAACAAAAUGAAUAUAUCACAAAUAUAUUCAAUAUAUUCGACAAUAUUAAAUCAGAUCACGAAAUGGAAGAAAUGAAUAACACCAAACAUGAAAUAAUAAUGAACGAAGUUAAUAACCAUCAUUCUGAAGGUUCAUACUUGAAUAAUAUUUCUACACAAAAAAAUGAAAAUAAAGUCUCUAAUGAAACACAAAAUCGAAAUGUUACCAACGAUUUAUUACUUACUGAUAAUACCAUGUUAAUCACAAAAAAAAAUAAUAAAGAACAAGAUGAGAUGAAAACUAGUGAAAUUUUCCAUGCGAAAAGUAGCAACUAUUCUAAUGAAAAUUUUAACUCAGAUAUUGAAAAAAAUGAAUUAAUCAUUUUUCAAGAAUGUUACGAAAAUAAACAUAAGUAUCAUAAAGACUCUGAAACAGACAUAAACAUUCAAAUACAAAUAAAUGAAAAUACAAAUGAUAAUAAAGAAGAAAACAAAAAUAUAUAUUUGACGAAGGAAAUUGAAAUAAAGCCUCAAACCAAUAUUAAUCACGCAAAAAACAAUAACAACAUUUUAGAGAUUCAAUAUAAUACCGAAGAACAAAAGGAUAUAACUCCAAAAAAUAUAAAAGAUACUGAUAAUGAAGAAAAUGGGGUUAAAGAUACAGAUAAAGAAUAUUUUCCCUAUUAUACAGAAAAUAAAAAUGAAAAUACUAAAAGAGAACCAAUCGAAAAUAUUAUUAAAAGCGAAAGUGAAGAUUUCACAAGUAUAGUUUACAAUAAAAGUGAUGAAAUUCAAAAUAAAGAUAAAAAAAAUAUACAAAUUUGUAACUAUACUAGUAAUGAACAUAAAAUAUUUGGUGACGAAACCUUUUUUACUCAGGAAACUAUAUUCAACGAUAUGGACAUAAUAGAGAAUGCAAUUGAAGAAAAUAAUUUUACUAAAUCUAUUGAUAAUAUAAUGAAAAUUUCAAAUUCUAACAAUUUAAAAUAUAAUGAACAAAUUUUAUUAACCAAUAAAAAUUUAAAAUCGAGUGAAGAAGAAAAUAAACCAAAAAGGGAAUCCAACAACUUGGUAGAAAACAUCUACUUAGAGGAAAAUAAUCAAUUAAAAGAGAAUCAUGAAUAUGAUAAUACAUUAAAAUAUUCGAUUCCAGAAAAUAUUCAAAUUAUAAAAAGACCUAAAGAUGAUAUUGAAAAAGAAAUGUUCCAUAAAAUUUAUGACUCCAAGGAAAAUAAUAAAAACAAUUUUCAUAAAAGAGUAGAUAAACACAAUGCAUAUACAAAUAAUGAAAUAAUAAAUGAAUUUAGUUAUUUAUAUAUAAAAAUAAACAAAUAUAAUUUAUUUAAUAGUUUAAAUAUAACUGAUGAUAGAUUGAAUUAUAUUAACUCUUUAUAUAAUUCAUUUGAUUAUUUUAACAAAACAAUGAAAACGGAAAAUAUAAAAACAAAUGAUAGUUUCAUUUACAACAAUAACAACGAUACAAAUGAACAUGAAAAUUUAGAAUUAUAUCAAAAAUUAUUUGAAAAAAAAAUAAUUAAAAUAUUUGAUUUCUCAUUACAAGAAAACCAUCUUAUUAACAAUAAAGAGUUUGAUACUGUAGACACACAAUAUGAAGAUGAUUAUAUUAAUGGAAAUUGUAAUAAGGAUAUUGAUAAUAUAUAUAAUUUUUUUGAUAAAAUGACAAAUGAAAAUACACAUAAUGAUACUAAAAACACAAAUUCAAUAAAAUCCAACACUUUAAAUAAUAAACCAAUAAAUCAUAUAUUGGAUAAACCUGAUUCAGAUAUAUUUAAUGCAGAACAAUCAAAAGUAAAGGAAUAUCAAAAUACAGUUUUAACAGAUUCUAGUGAAAAUUGUAAUAAUAUGAAAAAUAAAGAUAACAAUAAUAAACAAGACGAAGGGAGUGACGAUGAUAACGAAGAUAUAUUAUAUGAAGAUAUUAAAAGGAAUAUAUGGCUGAAAAAUGAAGAUUUUAAUAAAACUGUAGAAAAAAAAAAUGCUAUGAAAUAUAUACAGAUAGAAUCAGUAAAAUGUAUCAUACUAUUUUGUAAUUUGUACAAAAUAAAAUAUUUUCAAGGAAUGCAUGAUAUGAUUAUAAGUUUAUUUUAUUUAAAUUUACACCCCCAUGAAAUUUUCUGUGUUUUUGAAAAAAUAUUACAUUAUUAUGCUCCAUACUUAUAUUUACAAAAUCAAGAUUAUUAUAUUCAUACAAUUAAAAAUGAGUAUAAAGAAACUAAUCAUAAUGAAUUAGAUUUAAGCAUACAGAUAUCUAAUUACAAUGGAAAAUUGUUUAGAUUAUUAUGUCAAUUUUUCUUUCCAUAUGUUAGUUUUUUCUUUGAUACAUCAAUUAGUGAUAAUUGGCCCGAUUUUUUUUUUGUUAAUCUCAACUUUAGUAAAUUCAAUAAUGUAUAUUUUUUGCUAUUUAAAUGGAUGAAACUGAUAGAAAUCAAAGAUGGACAAAAUGGGGUGAAUUGUGAUUUCAUCCUUUAUUUAUUAUCCUUCUUUAAAUAUAAAUUGAAAUUAAUUAAAAGUAAAAUAUAUGAAAAAGAAAUACCUGAAAAAAAUGCUUCUAACAAUUUUAAAAAAUGCGAAGAAAUUAAUGAUAAAAUUCAAACCUCAAAUAAAAAUAUCAAACAAAAGGAGGGAGAGCAUUAUCAUAAAUAUAUUGGAGAAAACAAUAUAAAGGAAGAAGAAACAACACAAUAUGAUGAAAUAGAACAAAAAUUAUCUGAUAUAAAAAAUGAAAUUUCAAAUCAACAAAAAUUUGAACAAAUCGAAAAUAAUAAAAAUGAAUACAAAGACAUAACCAAUUAUGAAAAGCAAAGAAAUACUGAUACAAAUUAUCCCAAUUAUGAAAACUUAGAAAACAAAAAACCAAAAAAAGAAAAUAUUCGAAAAAACAAAUUAUCUAUAUAUUGCACAAGUAUGUUUUCUUCAUUUUUUGAAUUUAACUCAUCGUUUGAUGAUAAUUUUGAAGAUAACUAUAAUAUUCAUAUAGAAGAAAUAAUAAAGGAUAUUAAAAAUAUUAAAAAAAAUAUUCCUAUAAGUAUUAUCAAUUUUAUACAAAAUUAUAAUUCCAUGUAUCAAAAAAAAGAAUUGUUAUUAAAACCUGAAGAAAAUUAUCAAGAAAAAUGGAAAUUACCAAACGACAUUUCAAAAUCUAUAAAUGAAAAUAUAUGUUUGAAUGUAAAAAUAUCUGAUUUAUUUCAUUUCCAUAAUAAUUCUAGAUAUUAUGAGUUUAUUUUUAUUAGAUUAAUAGGGGAAAAAAUUAUCCUAAGUAAACUUAACUCUAUUACACCAAAUAAUAUAGUUAUUGACAAUUUUAUUGAGUUUAAAGGAGUUUAUGAAUUUUUAAAUUAUAAACAAAAACUAAAACACACAUUUAAAAAUAAAAAUAAAUUAUUAUAUAUAAUUAUACAAAAUAACAAAGAAAAUGAUGUUAAUUUUAUUAAUUACAAUUUUAAUGAACUAACUAAAAAAUCUAACCCAAAUAAGGAAACAAAUUAUAGUAAUGAUAAAAAUAUAAAUAAAAGACAUUACUUGAAUAAAGUUUUUUUAAAACGAAAUAAUAAAGACAAUCCAAAUAUUAAUGAAAAUAUAAAUAAUAAUGCAACAGAUAAAAUUGCUUUUCAUAAUUUUUUUACAACUUUAAAAAAAAAUAAUUUCAAAUAUGUAACUAUACUUCAGGAAAACUCUGAUUUUAUCACAAUAAAUAAUGAUAAAAAACAUAAAAAUACACAAAAACUAAUAGAUAACCAAGAAAAUACAAAUGAAGACGCAUUAUUAAAAAAAAACGGUUUUAUAUUUCAAAUGCUUAAAAAAGUAAAGAAUAAAAUAUAUAAAAAUGUUACAAUAGAUGAUGACCUAAAUAAAUACACAAACUCUAAAAUUAUGAAUACUCAAGACAAUAACACGAAUUAUGUAUUAAAGGACUACAAUUUUAAAAUAUUUAGUGAAAGACGAAUAAGAAAAAUAACAAAUUAUAAAAAUAAAAAAAAUAUUAGAUACCCAAAAAAUGAUAUCAGAAAAAAAAAAAGUGAUAAAAUAAAAAAAAGUAAAACACAAGAUGAAGGAAAUAAUGAAAAUUAUCCUAUGAACAAAAAUGAAGAAAAGGAUUCUCUCAAAAAUAAAUUCCCUAAAAAUGUUUCUCGUCCCCUUAAGAAAUAUAAUGAAGGAAAUUAUGCUAAACUAGGUAAUGAUUUAAAAGAAAUUUAUAACUUGAAAAAUAAUAAUUCCGAUUUAAACGUUAAAAAAAAAAAUAUGAAACUCAUUAAUAUUAGCCCAAAUGUAAAAAAUAAUAUUAUGGUUAAAAAAACUAAUAAACCAAAGCUAUAUGUCGAUGAUAAUGAACUUAAUAAUAUAUUGUAUUAUAAUUUAAGAAAAGAAAAAACAGAAAAUAUACAGAAAAAAUAUAUAUUACCGGUAUCGAAAAAAAAAGAAGCAUAUUUAACUAAAAAUGAAUUGGACAAUACUAUAUCACAUGCAAACCCUAAAACAGAUAUGCCUGAUCAAUACAAAAAAAAAUAUAUUUCUAAGGAAAAAUCAUGUGAUAUUAAAACAAAUAACAUAAUUAAAGAAAACAAUGACAACAUCAUUGGUAAAAAUGAAAAAGAAAUUUUAAACACCGAAAAACAAAAAACCUUUUUCGAAACACAAGAAAGUUUUUUUAAUGAUUUACUAUUAGAUAAAGUAAAGCAUAAUAAGGAAUAUUAUUGA